AUAUAAAAUCGCUGAUUAUAUUCUGGAAAAAUCCAUAUUAUCAUCCAUAAUUAAAUUACCGUUAUCGCAAGAAACUUAUAAUCAAAGUUGUUUGACAAAAAUAACCAUAUCGACUUUGUCUUUAGCCGGAUUCUCAAGAAAUCGUGUUGAAAAAGUGUAUAGGUUAGAAACUAUAAAAGCCGGUCAAAGAAAACAUUAUAUUUAUAGAAACAAGCCAGUGUGGUCUGUGAUAUUAACAAUUUUAUUCAAAAGCAAGUCGAGUUGAAGAUAGUGAUAUUAUGGUUCAAUUUACUAAGAGACAGAGACUUACGUUAUUUGUGAUAGGAUUUGCCGACUUUUUCAAUGCGCUCUGUGUGUCAUUGCAAGCUCCUUUUUAUCCUUCCGAGGCUGAGAAGAAAGGAUGUACAGCGACGGAGUACGGUCUAGUAUUUGGAAUUUUCGAAUUUGUAGUAUUUAUCGUUAGCCCCUUUUAUGGCCAGCAUCUUAAUAGGAUAGGACCAAAACUAACAUUUAAUGGUGGCAUAUACACAACGGGAAUAUGUGCUAUUUUAUUUGGACUUUUAGAUAAAGUGGAAGGAAGAUACGCGUUUAUUAGUUUAAGUUUUAUUAUAAGAAUCGUGGAAGCCAUGGGAAAUGCGGCUUUCUUGACGGCAAGUUUCGCUAUAAUCGCCAAAGAGUUUCCUGAUAAUGUCGCAACAACAUUUGCGUCUUUGGAGACAUUCUUCGGUCUGGGAUUAAUUGUGGGUCCCACCGUUGGAGGUGCUCUAUACCAAGUGGGAGGAUACACUCUACCAUUUGCCGUCAUGGGAUCGGCAUUGUUUGCCUCUGCUAUAUUAGCAGCCAUAAUUUUACCCAAACAAGAAUCCAAACGUGAUAAAGAACCUAGCCCAUCAGUAUUCAAGGCCCUAAAAGUACCAGGCAUAGUGAUAGCCUGUGCCAGCACAGCAGUGACCAGUACCUCGAUAGGGUUUCUUCAGGCCACCAUGGAACCACAUCUCAGAGUCUUUCAGCUGAAGCCUUUCAUUUUGGGGUUAAUGUUCGUCAUUAAUGGAGGUGUUUACGCUAUUACUGCACCGGGUUGGGGAUGGUUAUGUGAUAACUUUAUUCCUCCCAAGUUUGUCACGAUAACCGGCAGUGUAUUGGUUGCUGCUGGGUUUUGUUUGAUUGGACCUGCACCGUUCUUUACUUUUCCUUUAACAUUAUGGGUAUGCAUUCUUGGAUUGGUUUUGCACGGACUUGGCAUGGCAGCUCAACUUGUAGCAUCAUUUGGCGAUGCUUUAAGAACAGCAGUAGCUUAUGAUUUUCCAAACAACGUGGAAACUUUUGGACUUAUAUCCGGUCUCUGGACCAGCACCUUUGCAUUAGGAGCUUUCCUAGGUCCUUCCAUCAGUGGAAUUCUCUACGAUAGCGUUGGAUUCGCCCAUUCAUCCCUAUUUAUCGUCGUGAUACAUCUUUUAGUUGGUUUAGUGACAUCGAUAUACAUUUGCGUAUCCAAGAAACCCACACCCUACGUGGAAAUCAAGGAAGAACAACUGCCUGAAAACGACAUUAAUCACUCGAAUACCAAGUCUAUCGCAAGUGUAAUGGAGAGCAUGAAGAGUAUAAGAUCUGUCGGCAACGGCAUCUCAAUCGAGAAAAGCAGACCGCCAGCCAUGAACAGCCUGAUUGCUUGCAACAGCUACACGAGCCAAGCUUGGAGCGAAAAGGACUCGCCCAGCGUGCUGUUGGGGCCCUACAGCCACAGCUACGGCGCUGUCAAAAGCAGGAGCGUACCUACGGCCUAUCUACAGGGUGUAUCAUAAAUAAUGUUAAUUAAUAGAUAUUACUUAUCUUAGGUCUCAAGUUAAAUGCAAAUAAAAUGCAAUUAUCACUUUCAUAAUCCGACUUUAUUUGAAAUCGGAGAUCUAUGUCAUCAAAUAAUUAUGUUUUUUGUAUAUAUACUUUUUUAUGUCACGCGUUUGACACAAUUUUUGAUUGUUUUUUUUAAGUUUGAAUGCUAUUAGUUUAAUUUUUAUAGAGUAAUAAAACUAAAGAGUUAGGACGAGUUGUUUAUAAGUUUCCAUUUUUAUAUGUAGUCCUUUAUGUAUGUAUAAAAUAGAUAAGAAAGAUUUUGACAGACGACAUGGAAAAAAUGACAGAUAAAGGAAUUUGCCUGUUUUUUAAAAUGACAGAUAAUCGUCGAGGUCAGAGGUAUCAUCUCGUUACUCAUAUUACAAAUAUUACUAUGUCAACCCACUAAAAUUUGUACAUCCUGUAUAACCAAAGAAAAAAAAAUAAGAAAACAAAAUGCAGCGAUAUCAGAUUUUAAAUUUAGAUUUUAUUACCUGAUUAAAAAUCUUUUAAUUUGUUAUUUUCUUAUUAUCUUAUUGUACUAAAAUCAUUUUUAUACCUUUCCGUUCAUUUUUCUUGUCUUUUUUGCCUUUUUUACGUUUUGUAAUAAUAAAAUACCUUCAUUUUUUUUGUAGUAAAGUUAUAUAUAGACUAAAAGGUAGGUUUACGUCUGCAUAUAGAUUUGUUAUUAAGAUACGAGAGUAAUAUGAAUGCUUUAAUAUAAUGUAUCCAUAAAACUUCCAAGUGUAAGAAAAGAAUACAAUAAUUCAGUAGUGAGAAAUACAAUUUGGUCAAAAUGUUUUUUGAUCAAAUGUGCUUUGAACUUUGAACGAAGACAGAAGAGCGUUUUUUUUUCAGAAGAUUUUUUUAAUUGUGAAACUAUGAGCCCGGUUGAUCAUAAAACUGUUUGAUUAUAUUGUAUAUAUAUUUGUGUAAAUAAUUUCUUUAAAUAAUAUCAUAAGGAUAUGGUAGGUACUGCUUUUAUUUCAUGUAGACCAUGUUGCUUUGUAAGUUCAAAUUAUAGAAUUAAUAGAAUUAAAGUUUUUAAAGAAGAAAACUUAA